AUGAGUAUUUAUACUGGUAACGAUCCUGCAGACGGUCACUCUGCACAGGCUGGCAUAAACUGGUUGUCUCACCAACAGACUCAGGCAAAUUUGCAGUCUCCGACUACUGUCAGGGCUACAUCUAAUUCGACCAAUUAUGCAGCACCAGUCACUCCUGCGCAAGCAUAUGAGCGCCCUGUUGUCUCUGGACAACCUGUUCUGCAAUACACCAUCGAGCGUCAGCAGCUAGAGAGACCUUCUCGUCAACAACCGGGGUCAAAUUUACAGUCUCCCAUUGGUGCUUCUGCGGUUACACGCGGUCAAUCACACGCCCAGCGCAUGCAUGCCAGCUCGUUAAGCAAGCAGUCCAAAGCCCAGACCCGCCAGCAGCUUUCCUCUGGACCUGGAGAAUCAGGUAACCGAGUUCUGGCCGGGGCUUCUUAUGGUGAUACAGCACAUCUUUUGCUGAAUAGAGGUCACAAUGACACUCCUCAAACUGUUUCUACCCUUGAUUUCUACCAUGGGAGUGUCUCAAAACUUGAUCUUCAGUCACCGGUACCUGGCCUAGGCACCAAUUCCCCAGGAGCUCCGCACCCUCGAGCUCAGUCAGCAACAGGUUCCGCUUCAAGUAUAGCCUAUUCCUCAGUUCCCAUUCAAGCGCCUCACGGCGUGCAAGCAUCCUCUAGGCGUGGCUCAGUUUCAGCGGAAAUCCCUGAUGGGCCUCUGCUAUCGCCAGUUACUGACCCCCGACAGUCAAGUCAGGUGGGGAGCCCAACCGGUACAACGUAUGUGACACCAGACAGCUGGAUGUCACUAGACGCCCCUUUGCGGCUUGAGAGCGCGAACAAUGUUGUAGCUUCACUUGUUCCGCUAGAUGAUUCAACAGCUUCAGCUUGUAUGGCUGCCAUCAGUUCUAAUCCCAAGUCUGUGACCCGACCUAGUGAUCCCUUUCCUGCACCUAUACAGACUGAGAGUCUUGAUGUCGGUGGUCCCGAAGAAGCACCAUUGAAUUCCCUCGUUGACAAGCAACCUCCUCCCCUAGACUUCGACAAGUCGCAGUCCAUGCACAGCAUGACUAGGACGAGCACGUAUCACGCUGAAUCACACUCAGCGCUAGCACUUCUUGACGUACCCUCAUCCACACCGCAUGAGUCCGAUACUGUAUCUGGGGCCAUACCUUCAACAGGUGCAGAUACUCCCUCAUCUGCUGGUACCCCUCGUGCAGCUUUUCCAGAACCUCUUUCGGGAUCUUUGCAAACCUCGUUGGCUAUGCCAGACGUAGCGUCAUAUCCCACUGGAAAAGCGCCUGAAGGUAUUAAGGAGAAACCGUAUGGUUACUUUGCAGAGGACUCGAUGCCUGAGUUGUCUGACAAGUCAUCAUCGUGCCCGUACAUGGAAGCUUCAUCGUCAUCUCGAAUACUAUCUGAACAGACAGCUUCAGACAGGCAACCUAGUCAGGACAUACCACAUCCUCCUAUUUCCCAAGCGGUCUCCCCGCACAAUGGUACCUCGGCGAAGACCUUUUUUACAGCGCCAUUGCCUACUCUUCCACCAAGGCGGCUUGUAUCUUCUACAUCAAAGCCCAUCACAGCAUCGCCAUUGCCUGCUCUACCACCGAGGCGUCCUGUAGCUUCUUCACCAGCGCCCGUUAUAGCAGCCCCAUUGCUUGCUCCUCCACAGGGGCACCCUGCUGUUCCACCGAUGCGUCUGACUCCUCCACCGAGGCAUCCUGCUCUUCCACCGAGGCAUCUGGCUCCUAUACUGAGGCAUCGUGCUCUUGCAUCGAGGCAUCCUGUAGCUUCGACACCAACGCCAAUUACAGCUUGUGCGCCUCCACCCACGAUGCCUGUACGUCCUCAUACAUUGAACCCAAGGGCAUCACCUACGAAUCCGGUCGACUUUGGUCCAGCAACUUCCUUGCCUCUUCGACCUGGGAGCAGCCACCAGCCAACGAGCCUGCCUCUUCCUCCCAGAGUCAGGGCAGAGCCCACAUCUCCUCCUUCAUCAACGGGUAUUCCACCUUUUAUUACUACUUCUGCUGGAACGACCUCGCAGAUAAAUUCUGCACCUUCUCCUUCUUCACCUCUUCCUUCGCUUUCCUUCUUCCAGCAUUCUCAGGGCCCACUGGUCUUAUCCGCACCGUCAACCAAUAGUCGUCCUGCAGGGCUCAUAUCCCAGCUAUCUCAGGAUGCAUCACCAACAAGACAGGCUCCUUACCAUUCACCGCGUGAGGAUUUCCAACCACAGGCCUCGCCGCUACCCCCACAACAACAUGCAAGAGCACUACGUACACCUGCUAAACCAGUUCACUCUAGCAGGGGACUUGGAAAAAAUAUCGCGGCAGGUCUAGCAGGAGGUGUUCUUGGUCUGCUCGGUGAGGCUGUGCUUGUCGAGACACUUGGCGGUGGGGAUAUUGUUGAUGAUAUCACUGGAAUUAUGGAUGGGAUGACGAUUGGAAACCCUGCAGAUGGUCAGUUCGAUCCUAACAUGGGGACUGGCGAUAUUCUAGGGAACGGAUUUGACCCUACGGCGAACCUUCAAGGAGAUCAGACGUUUACCGAGGACUUCUUUGACCCUACAGCGAACAUUCAAGUAGACCAGACGUUUGCCGGGAGCUCCUUUGAUACAACGUACUAUCAAGAAGACCAGACAUUUACCGAGGACUUCUUUGACCCAACGGCGAACAUUCAAGUAGACCAGACGUUUUCCGGGAGUUCCUUUGAUACAACAUACUAUCAAGAAGACCAGACAUUUACCGAGAACUUGUUUGACCCUGCGGCGAACAUUCAAGUAGACCAGACGUUUGCCAGUGCCGGGAACUCCUUUGACACAACAUACUAUCAAGGAGACCAGACGUAUUACGAGGACUUCUUUGACCCUACAACGAACAUUCAAAUAGACCAAACUUUUACCGAGGACUUAUCUGAUCCUACGGCGAACAUUCAAGUAGACCAGAUGUUCGUCGAGGACUCCUUUGAUGCAACAUACUAUCAAGGGGACCAGGUGUUUGUCGGGGAUCGCCAAACAUAUGACAUGUUUUAUCAGACCACAGGGAACGGAGUAGACUUCAACCAAUUUCAAGGUGCGGCUCAGGGUUCACAACCAAUGGCUCAGCUGCAACAAACCUCGGCAUUCGUGAUGUCUGGCACCACAAAUACUGGUCGCCCUCCCAACUCGAUGCCGAUAGGAUACGCACAGACAAGUGCGUCUAUUCCUCUCAGUGAAACGUCUUUUGACCAUUUUACCGCAUCAGGCCAUCCCACCCCGACCCAGCAAACCGGACAAUCCAUCCACCCCAUAGCAUCUCAAACCUCUCAACUACCUAUUGCUACAUCGUCCUCACAACAUCACCCGUCUGUUCAUUUCGCUCCUCCGCAGGGCAUACAUCCACUUGCUCAACCUCGCAUAUCUCACACCCAGAAGCCGUAUAUAAAUCAUGGUGCCUACCCCUCCUUCGGGACAGCCACUCAUACUAUGCAGUCGCAGGGUCCGCCAAUACCAGCCCAGCAUGCUGUGAACCAUGGUCACAGCACUGCUCCUCACCAUGCCUAUUUGCCCCAAUUUCAGGCGGGACACUCCGCUCAUCCCGCACGUUAUCAUGCUCAGGGAAACUUGCAACAGAAUCAUCCUAGUCAACACCCUCAGAAUGCUGGUCGAAACAAACCUAUGCAAUUCGUCAAGGGCGCGUUGAUUGCUGGUGGUGUUCUCGCAGGACUUGUAGGGAAUGGGAAUGGAGGAUCCUCAUAAUUGCUAGCUCUUUGAUGAUCAAUCGCAUGCUAUUCACAUGCGAAUUCUAUGUUCAAGUUGGUUAUGUAUAUGGUAUCAUCGCAGCUAUAAAUAUAUAUCAUGUAUACUACUAGUAUAGCC